CCCCUUCCUCGCCAUCCCGCCAUCAUGCCCAACCCUCGCCUUCUCCAUCAUGGACCCGCGGCCGCCCCGGCCGUCCGCAUCGUCCUGCCCAUUAACCGUGUCCGACGUGCCCCUUCCACAUGCACCCCUCGACGUUUGCCGGCGUUCCCGUGUACUUCGACCACAACCUACAAUACCCCAGAUAGCACAAAUUGAAGGAGGAUGAGGAUCUGGCUACUUACCUGCCACCGACGACAGGAGCAGCAAGGGGCAGGGCAUAGAUGCAGCCCUUACAGCCCAGAUGUGCUAGCAGCACCCGCAACACCAAUACCCGUCGCAUGGACCACACACGCCAAGCAACCCCUCCACGACCCCACGGUCAUGUCAUCGCUAUUUAGGCUCAGUGAUUCAUGCGAG